AGGGGAAGAUAAUAACGAAUGACUGACAUCUCUUUUUAUCGGUAUUCUCAGCUGCUUUUGAACGGAGCAAAAUAUCUCCGUUCAUCGAUUUACAGCAAUAACAUAUUAACGAGCGUAGCAACAGGGAAGCGUAGCAAUUCAAUGAAGUUAAUAAUCGGCCGUAGUUUGUCAGUUCCUUUGUGAUUUUGGAAUUGCGAUAUUAAAGACCAGAGUCUUUGCCGAAACGCAGAGAGACGACAGUAGAAUCGUAGAAGUAGACCGGGGAUGAACGAAAUCCACCUCCGUAUAGACCAUCCCCGCAAAUCCAAGUAAACUCUGCUUAGAAAACGCAAGUAUCCGAAGAGAAUCUUAAUUUCCUGAUUAAUCAAAGAAAAUUUGCACGAGGAAGAAUUAUGACGAACAUGGACUUUCGAAACGUGAAUCCGCUGAACAUUUAUUCGAAUUAUUUAUCGGGCAAUCUUCUGCCCUUAACGCAACGCGACUCGCAAUUUUCGACCGCAUGGAAGUUGUAUGGUACUUUAAUGUGGCUGAUUCAAAUAGCACAAUUAUGCACCUUAACCAUAGGUAUUAUCUCGACGUCACGAGAGAAAGCUUUUCAAGAAGGCUUUAUAACUUUUGUGCUUAUAAUCGAAGUAUUCUUCAUAAUUGGACAAAUUCAGUCACACAAGAAACUGGUGGACCAGCUGAUCCAAAAACUGAAUGAUAUUCUACAAAUCGGGGACGACCUCAUGGAAAAUAUGGUGAGAACGACUCUGAAGCCUAUGAAUGCUCCGUUCAAAUAUUACAGUAUGUUGGGUGCGAUAUGCGUCACGGUGUGGUUUUCGUUACGCUUACUGUUGGUCUUCGAGAAAGAUACCUUUUUUUACGAAGAUUUCAGGAUGCCGGCGGUCUUUUCUAAACAGCCGUUCUCGGCCCGUAUUUUCAUAUUGGGCAGUAUUUUGAUACUAAUCGGCAAUAUCCACAUUUUUCUGAAGAAAUGUAGCCUGUACAUUUACAUGGUACACUUGGUGUUGCUGAUUACGGUGCAAUAUCGCUAUACCGGCAAGAGACUCGUCUUGAUAUUUCGAGAAGCAGAUGAGCAAUGUAAUAACGGACAAAUUAACUCUGAAGCAGAUCAAUGGGCGAAUGAUGCAAUAAAAGCGUUGUGCCGACAUCACACUACUGCAGUACGUUUAUCGCGUAUGUUGAGGGAAACACUGGCUUCAAGUCUCACUCUGAUAUACCUAAACAGCAUCUUUCGCUUUUGUUUCACCGCCAUUAUAUUUGGCUCAGUAUUAUCGACUACACUCAUAGAAUUUUGCUUGGUCAGCAUAUAUUCCUCCGGCUCGGUAGUGGAGUUCUAUAUGUUAUGUUCUUAUAUACAACAAUUGCAAGACGCGAGUAAGGACUUCAUGGAUGAAGCGUUUCAUGAAAAAUGGUAUCAAUUUGGGCCAUCUGUGAAACGCAUGUUUAUGUUAAUGAUUCUGGGUAGUAAUUUAGGAUGCAAACUUUCAACAUGCGAUAAGUUCAAUUUGUCUUUACCCUCAUUUUUGACGAUCUUAAAUCAAUCGUACUCCAUCGCCCUUGUGCUCUUAUGAACGAAAAGGAUAGCGCCACUAUGAAAAUCUCGUACAUCAUUUAAAUACUUUUUGAACGAAAUGUUAAUUUUGCAUGGCAGGAAUGGCAGUGAAUCUAAAGUGAAUUUUAAUAUGAUUAAAGUAGUUGAUAACACUUAAAAAUGCAUAUGUCAACAUGAUUUGAAAUGUCACUAAAAAUAUAAUAAUAAAAUAUAAUACUAAAAGCACUGCGAAACAACUAA